GCGGCUGCGGUGCCGGCGGAGCAGCGCCGCGGGCGGGACCUGGCCGAGCUGGAGGGUGCCGGGGAGCGGGGCUCGGGUGGCCCCCGAGGCCCGAGCGAGCGGACUCCUGGGGGGUCUGCGGCGGCCGCGGCGGCACCGGGGGAGCGCGGCGGGGAUGGGGCGCCGAGCCGGGCGGGGGCCGCGGCCUCGGCCAUGUUCGCGGGGCUGCAGGACCUGGGCGUGGCCAACGGCGAGGACCUGAAGGAGACGCUGACCAACUGCACCGAGCCGCUCAAGGCCAUCGAGCAGUUCCAGACCGAGAAUGGCGUGCUGCUGCCCUCCCUGCAGUCCGCCCUGCCCUUCUUGGACCUGCACGGGACGCCGCGGCUGGAGUUCCACCAGUCUGUGUUCGACGAGCUCCGGGACAAGCUGCUGGAGCGCGUGUCGGCCAUUGCGUCGGAGGGGAAGGCAGAGGAGAGGUACAAGAAACUGGAAGACCUUCUGGAAAAGAGCUUUUCUCUGGUGAAGAUGCCAUCCCUGCAGCCAGUGGUGAUGUGCGUCAUGAAACAUCUGCCCAAGGUCCCCGAGAAAAAGCUGAAGCUGGUGAUGGCAGACAAGGAGCUGUACCGCGCCUGCGCGGUGGAGGUGAAGCGGCAGAUCUGGCAGGACAACCAGGCGCUAUUUGGGGACGAAGUGUCCCCGCUGCUGAAGCAGUACAUCUUGGAGAAGGAGAGCGCGCUCUUCAGCACUGAGCUCUCCGUCCUGCACAACUUCUUCAGUCCCUCCCCAAAGGCGAGGCGCCAGGGCGAGGUGGUUCAGAAGCUGACACAAAUGGUGGGGAAGAACGUGAAGCUGUACGACAUGGUGCUGCAGUUCCUGCGGACCCUCUUCCUGCGGACACGGAACGUGCACUACUGUACCCUGCGGGCUGAGCUACUCAUGUCCCUGCACGAGCUGGACGUUGGCGACAUCUGCUCUGUGGACCCCUGCCACAAGUUUACCUGGUGCCUGGACGCCUGCAUUCGUGAGCGGUUUGUGGAUAGCAAGAGGGCCCGGGAGCUGCAGGGAUUUCUGGAUGGAGUGAAGAAGGGGCAGGAGCAGGUCCUGGGGGAUCUGUCCAUGAUCCUGUGUGACCCUUUUGCCAUCAACACCCUGUCAUUGAGCACCGUCAGGCACCUGCAGGAGCUGGUCGGCCAGGAGACACUGCCCAGGGACAGCCCUGACCUCCUCCUGCUGCUCAGGUUGCUGGCCCUGGGCCAGGGGGCGUGGGACAUGAUCGACAGCCAGGUCUUCAAGGAGCCCAAGAUGGAGGUGGAGCUCAUCACCAGGUUCCUGCCCAUGCUCAUGUCCUUUGUGGUGGAUGACCACACCUUCAACGUGGAUCAGAAGCUCCCAGCUGAGGAGAAGGCCCCAGUCACGUACCCCAACACGCUUCCAGAGAGUUUCACUAAAUUUCUGCAGGAGCAGCGCAUGGCCUGCGAGGUGGGGCUGUACUACGUGCUGCAUAUCACCAAGCAGAGGAACAAAAACGCGCUCCUCCGCCUGCUGCCAGGGCUCGUGGAGACAUUUGGUGACCUGGCGUUUGGUGACAUCUUCCUGCACCUGCUCAUGGGCAAUCUGGCGCUGCUGGCUGACGAGUUUGCCCUGGAAGACUUCUGUAGGAGCCUCUUUGAUGGCUUCCUCCUCACAGCCUCCCCCAGGAAGGAGAACGUACAGCGACAUGUGCUGCGGCUCCUUAUCCACCUGCACCACCGGGUGGCCCCAUCGAAGCUGGAAGCCCUGCGGAAGGCGCUGGAGCCCACCGGCCAGAGUGGAGAGGCAGUGAAGGAACUUUACUCCCAGCUCGGCGAGAAGCUGGAGCAGCUGGAGCACCGGAAGCCCAGCCCAGCCCAGGCUGCAGAGACUCCAGCGCUGGAGCUGCCCCUCCCCACCGUGUCCACACCGGCUGGGCUCUGAGGCUUCACCAGGCUGCUCAGAACUCGACAGGCCUCCUGGUGGUUCUGUGGCCUUGGCCUGAAGGAGCUCCCCUAGAGCUGGGAGUGUCAGGACCCCACCUCUACUGGUGGCAGAUUGGCUGCCCCCGGGGCCAGGCUGGGCACCCCCCGCCCUCGGACAUCCUGCAUGGGGGGCACCCUUCUCCUGGGCCUCAACCCACCCUGACCUUGAUCUUGGGGCCGGUUAUUGCUCCUCAUGGGCUCCUGUGUGCAUCUUUGGAGGACAGCACUGGUCCUGCUGUGCCCAGCCUGGCCCCUUGGAUACACUCCCAGGCUGUGGAAACCUCUGGCUCACUCCUGCCAGAGGAGUGAGGAGUUUCCAUUUUUGUAGGGGAGACAGGUUGGCAGUAGUUGGAAUUAUGAAAAAGCCACAAUGGGGAGUGGGCAGGGUGCCGAGGCCUGAGGCAAAGGGGAAGGGGCAGCCCAGCCCUAUUGGCCUGGAUUGGCAGAGUCAUGUGGUUUGCUGGGUCCAGUUAUCUGCAGAUUGAACCCAGCUGCUUCUGAGGAGCUUUUGUUUCACAGUGGACAGUUUGGUUGACCCAUGGCCCUUCAGGCAGGGAAUCGUUUCUCCCCUGACCAGCAGCGCCCUGUGUAGUGGGCUUGGCUAAGGAAAGCACAGGCGACCCACUGGCUGCCUCAGUUUACCCUUGGAGUGGUAUGCUCCCUGUUGCUCAGCUGCACCGUCUUGCCCAUGUGGGGGACAGCGGUUGCACACAGUGAGACUUUCACUUAUGUAAAUAAAAAGUGUUUGGGUAAAUCCA